CGAUCCCGCAACCUUCCCUUUCGCCUCUUCUCGCGCCUUCAUCACUCUUGGUUUGAUGUCGUUCAUGUAGCAACUUGUCCCUAAAUUUCACAAAACCCCGCAUUUACUGUUCUUAUCAUUCUUUUCAACCUGUCUGAGCCCCGUCACGAUGCUGCUGCGGCUAGCAUUGCUGCUGGUCUGCCUCUUACCAGUAGUCCUUUGCGCGGAAGACUUCUAUAAGCUCCUGGGCAUAGAAAAAAUUGCUUCAGAACGCGAGAUCAAGAAGGCAUACCGCCGACUAAGCAAGCAAUACCACCCCGACAAGAACCCAGGUGACUCAAGCGCCCACGACAAAUUCGUCGCCGUCGCCGACGCAUACGAAGUCCUCGUCGACGAAGAACAGCGCCGCAUCUACGACCAAUACGGGCAUGAAGGCAUAGAGCAGCACAAGCGCGGCGGCGGGCGGCCGGGCCAGCACCACGACCCCUUCGACCUGUUCUCGCGCUUCUUCGGCGGCAGCGGCCACUUCGGGCACCAGCACGCCGAGCGCCGCGGGCCCAACAUGGAGGUCCGCAUUUCGAUGCCGCUGCGCGACUUCUACAACGGCAAGAGCACGCAGUUCACGAUUGAGAAGCAGGCGAUUUGCUCCGAGUGCGAGGGGACGGGCAGCGCGGACGGGGAGGUCGAGACGUGCAAUGUUUGUGGGGGCAGGGGGUUGGUGAUAAGACGGCAGCAGCUGGCGCCGGGCUUGUUCCAGCAGGUGCAGAGUAUGUGCGAUGCUUGUGGCGGGAGGGGCCAGAAGAUUAAGCAUCCGUGUCCGGUGUGUGGGGGUUCGAAGGUGGUCAGGGAGCCGGAGACACAUGAGCUUAAUAUUGAGAAGGGGAUGCCGAAGGGCGUGCGGCUCACGUACGAUAACGAGGCGGAUGAGAGCCCGGAUUGGGUCGCUGGAGACCUUAUCGUGCAUCUUCAUGAGCAGCCUGCGGAACUAGGGACAGAGGAGGCGGACAAAACAGAUGGGACGUGGUUCAGGAGGAGAGGGCACGAUCUGUUCUGGCGCGAGGUGCUCAGUCUGCGGGAAGCGUGGAUGGGCGACUGGACGCGAAAUCUCACACACCUGGACGGCCAUAUCGUGCAGGUUUCCCGGAAACGAGGGGAGGUUGUGCAGCCAAAUACUGUGGAAGUGGUCAAGAACGAGGGCAUGCCAAUAUGGCACCAGGAGCUACCGGAUGGCGUUGAAGAGGCAUUUGGCUCACUGCACGUCGAAUACGUGGUUGUAUUACCGGAUCAAAUGGAAAAAUCCAUGGAGAAGGAGUUCUGGGCUGUCUGGGAAAAGGGGCGAAAAAAGAAGGGGAAAAUAGACUUGCACAAGGACAGCGGGAGGCCUGCUCAUGAUGAGUUGUAGAUUUCCUGUUUCAGCGCUGUAAUAUAUGGCUUCCGAAUAUCCAUUUCAUGACCUUUCUUACUUGAAUAUGGAGAUGUAUAGCUUCUGAGUUUUCCAUGCUCCCAUCAAUGACAGCGACUGGUUAAU